GUCAUUUCCUUUUGAUUUUCUUUUAUUUUCCAUAGAUCCUCCUGCUCAAUGGGGGCAAAGUUCCUUUCAGUUUAACUUUGUUCCUUGUAAAAAGGUGCCAAUAUCUAAGACUGUAUUAAAUUCUACAGCCGUCUUGACUUAAAGAGGAAUUAUUCUGAGGAUAAGUAAAGGCAAAUUGAAGAUGAAACAAUCCCAUUUGUCCCUCAGGUUGCCCUUUAACAUCUCUUUAAUGACAGAAAUUAAACCUGUGAUUCCCCUUCACCCCCUCAUUGCUAUAUUGCCCUGAUAGGGAAAACUUAACCUCUUUCAUUUUGAUGCGUCGGUCUGCUUUUAAAGCCCAUGAGCCAGUCCAGCAAGAUACACACAAUUGUACAAUUGGCAUUCAAGAUGCAGAGGUAUAGCUAUCCAAUGAUGUGCUUAGUAAAAUGAAUGUAAUAUCUAAUUGCAAAAUCUGGCAUGUUAUUUUAGCAAUGAGGUAGAUCAAAACCUUUGCUCCUGAUCCAGAUGGGGGAGAAGUGCUCUCUUUCUGCCUGGCAGAAUCAGACCGAGAACGACUUGCCUCCACUGGAAUUUGGAAACUCCCUUGUAUCGAGCAUGGCUAUUUAUCCGUCCAACCCAGAACUGUCUACCCUGACUGGCAGCUGCUCUCCAGGGUCCCAAGUAGAAAAGAGUUAUUAGCACUGGGCCAUACCUGGAUGUUGGAUACAGAAGCUCAUGGUCAAUUUCUCAGGUUCUUGCACAUUCUUGGAGGAGUUUGUGCAGGAGAAUAUCCCCACAGACAGGAACUUAAGUUCCUCCUGUCCCGAGGUUGGGCAGUCGCGCUCAAAUGUUUUACUUUGUGUAAGUUACAUUGUGUGUUUGCUUGCUUGGGAACACACAAUUAUUUCUGUCCAGAUGUCUCAUUCUGGUUUGACUGUAGGAAAUUCCAAACGGCCCAAGAUGAGAACAUUUUCUUUUCAUUGUAAAUAGACGAUGGACAUCACUGAGAGAAAGAAAGAAAAUCCCGGGAGCAGCAGGACCUUAGUUUUCAACAGAAGCCCGUCUCUCUUACCCUGCCACAGCUCUGGAUCUUGUGUUGGAAUUCUGUCGAUUCCCCCCCCCCCGCCCCAAAAAAAGCCCUUCAGCAUUUCUUUUGUCCUCCCUUUUGGAUGGCAGAGUAAUUGUGACAUUUGGGGUGUGCUUGGAAUGAGAGAGAAAGCCAUCUGCCACAUCUAAGAGAUGAUUGAGGCGCUUGGAUGAGUCUCUCCAAAUCCAUUCUGCUCUUUAACAAUACCUGGGAAUAAUUGCAGGGUUUAUUAAUAUUUUAAGACAGAGGGUUGUGGCACAGCCAUGUUCAAGGGUGCUCAGAAUGUCCCUGGUUAUCCUGCGUACUUUCUUGCCAUCAUUCUUCUAUUGAGAAACCCUAGGUGCAAAGGGGCGGGAGAGGAGUGCUCAUCCGUUUCCAAAAUGGUUUCUCUGUCUGCGUUGUGUACCAGCCUUUCCUCUCGCUAGUACUAAUGCCAGCACCCUGGCUUAAGGCCAAGGGAGUUAGACAAAGGCGCUCUAGCAAGUGAAUAUAUCAGAUUCGCAGUGAUAGGACUACAAAUGCUCUUGCGCUCGGAGUGGACAGCAGUUCAGGGCUGGAGGGGCCAGUUCUCAGGAGUCCAGAUUAAAAGCUUCCUUCUUCACCACACACACUAAAAAUUCAGGCUUGUGACUUAGGCUCCGCAUCUAAUUUUUUUCCUUAAAAUCAACAGCUGACAGAAGGUAAAGCGAGCAAUUGUUUGCCUGCUUUUCUAGCCUGGGUUUUUUUUUUUUAAAGCCUGCAGAAAAAUUCCCUGAAUGGUUCCUUUGUUGAAUUUCUUCCUAUUAGGCAGGUGUCAAAGAACAGGAACCCUGUUCAAAGAAACGGGUGGAAGGGAAGGAUGGAUGGAAGGAGGUAAUUCAAACUCAACUAUCUGGGACUGAGAAAUCCUGGGUUGCUCUCCUGCUCCUGUGGAGCUGCACAGGCAAACCGGGUUUCUCAAGUUUGAAGGUCACUGUGCAGACUUCCCCGGCACGGCACUCUCCAGAUGUGCCGGUCGACAUCUCCCCUUGGCCAUGCUGGCUGGGGAUGGUGGGAGUUCUAGUGCAACACAUCUGGAAGAAACAAAGUUGGGGACAGCCGCCAGACAGCCGGAGCCUCCGAGAACUAGGCUUUUAUGGGCUGCUUGACUUCCUGCAGUUAAUUCCCCACUUCACUUUUACUGUUUCUAGCAAGGGGGUGGGCAGCAGCUCUUGUAACCUUUGCAUGAAAGAAAAAGGACCAUUCGUAUUAUACUGCUAAGGAGUCUGACCUCUGCAAAGAGUGUCUCUGAUUUGUCCUUGAUACACGCUCCCGCCCUUGUGUACCUCUAGCGCUGCUCCCACCAUUAUCUCCCACCGCUCUCCACCAUUUAGGUUACCAGCUUUUUCAAGAAUGUUGCUACUGUGCCUUUAACAGCCCAACCCAUGGAAGUUAAGUAGGUGAGACCUUUCUGUGGUAGAGAGAAAAAGCAGCAGGCAAGGCAGAACUCCUGUGUAUCCCACUACCUCUAAGGGCACAUGAGCAUCACCAGUAAAAAAAAAAACAACAGGUUGGUAACGACAUUUCCAUGUUCUGUUCUUGUUUUCCUGCAACUGUGGCUGCUGGCUGCUGCCAUCUUUUGUUUUAGCAGAGCUCCUGAGCCUUGCUCAGCUGGAAGGUGAAUCUACAUACUUGUGCUGGGAAAAAAUGAAGGCCUGACUAAUUUCCACUUUUUGUUUGGCUUUUAAAACCAUUCCAGAAAAGAUGUUAGCAACUAUUGUCACUAUAUUGUUGUCCAAAUACCCACGAAAGGUUUAGUGUAAAGCAGAUGCUAACAUUAUUGAGUGAUAGGCACUGCUGUCCAGAACUUGCUUGCCAAAAUAAUUUACCUCUUUUGAAACAACAUUAAACAAAAAACAGGCCUGAGGACUUCAUAAAAUCAAACGGGGACAAGAGAGCAGCUAAGAUCAAGUACUUUUUAAACAAUAGCAACCUAGCAUCAAAUUAUCAGCAAGACUUACGAGAUUAAAAACAAACAAUCAGGGUGUUUCAGCUUGUGCCUGCAAGAUCAAAUUGCUUUCGACUUCCUUAGGCUUGAAAGAGAACCAAACACCCCUGGGAAACAGGCUUCCCCAGUCAGGUGCAAACACCGAAAAGGCCCUGGAACUUCGGGAAGGGAACGUACGUGCAGCAGGGCCUCAUGGGGCGGUCUUGGUGCAGCAGAGGCUCCUCCAAAGCCUUCUGAGCCCCCCCCCCACCUUGCUGCAUCCUGGCACGUCCCCUGGCGCGACGCGCAUAGGACAAGCCGGACGGCGAGCCCUGCUUCCCAGCCGCGCCAGGGCUGCGACCGGGAGUCUUUCUCCUGCCAUCCCUGAGCAAGACUGGCUACAUGUUGAUCUCCUCCAUUCCUCCCACCCUCCCCACCCCUCCAGCUGGUCUUAGCUGGCACGACUAGGAACGCGGCCAUCUGCAUUGCGCAAGGGGGCCUGGCACUGCAGCCAAAUCCACCCCCCGGCUUUUGUUCUUGGGGCUCGCUGCGGCGGCGCUGAUAAGGCGCGCUCUGUGAUCAACUGCCGCUAUGUCUUACUACGUUUUCGAGGCAGACAGCAAAGGGACAGCUGGGAGCGUUCACUCUCCUUCCACAAGCAUGGCAGGUUCAGGACAAUAUAGACAACUUAUAAAUGACUACGGACCCCCAUCUUUAGGCUACACGCAAGGAGUGCAGGGAACUAGCAGCAGCCAAGUACCACAGAGCAAAUAUGCAGAACUUUUGGCCAUCAUAGAAGAAUUAGGAAAAGAAAUUAGGCCUACCUAUGCUGGAAGUAAAAGUGCCAUGGAAAGGCUAAAACGAGGCAUCAUUCACGCGAGAGGACUAGUUCGAGAAUGUUUGGCAGAGACUGAGCGGAAUGCUAGAUCCUAGCCUAGUCCAGGCUGCAAGGUUUUCCAUCCCUUUUUACAAAAGCGAGACCACCAUUUCCUCUGGAGACGGCAUUCAUAUCUGGACAAAUCCCUUAAUUUGACUGUUCUACUUCUCCCUGUCCUGCGACACUGGCCGGCCUUUUCAAGAUCAUGGGCGGGAAUCCAAAGAGCUACUUGGGAAACAGCCAAGGGGUCCUCUACCCAGCUGGCCAUUUGGAUUCCACCCCCACCACAUCUCCCCCGUGCUGUAAUGCAAACAGAUUUCCAAGCUCCGCGUGGUUCCAGAAAUGGUUCACUAUCAAGCUUGGUGCUUGAAAGUCCAAAGUCCCCUUGGGCAAAUGGAACUCAUCAUGGUUUUUUGGAUCCUGGCCUUAGUCAAGAAGAACAAGAUUUUCCGCCCUCCCGUUAAACAUGAAGUUUGCAACAUUGCAUUUAAGUUGGGACACACCCUGAAUUAGUUUGGAAGUUUUAAGAGAAAAUUCCUGCAUACAGAGUCCUUUCUCGACCCUGUCGUUCUUCUCCUGUCUCAUGAAAGGAAUCUCAUAAAAUCCAGUGGUUUUCAGACUGCGUUAUAGGGGAUGGGCACCUCAGAAGUGUUUUUGAGGUUCCUCACUGAUGAGAGAGAUCACGAUCAGCUGACAGGGUCCCUGCCAGGCAGUUUCUGUCCCAUUAGCGAUCUUUGCCUACAAUGGAUAAGGGAGCAUUAGCCAUGUUCUAAGUUGCACUGUACGUCCAUGAGGGAUAUGGGCUGGGGCUGGCCAGUACCCCACAUGGAUGAUGUCUGAAAGUCUGCGAAAGAACCCACUUUGGAAUCCUCUAAAAUGUGUGAGGUUUUGUUUUGGUUUUUUUUUUCAAUGGAAAAGUCAGUGCAGAAAUGGUUCCUUGAAAGUUAGCAAGUUUGGAAACUAUUGUUCUUAAUCCCAAAAUUCAGCUUGUCUCACAAUUAAAGCAUUUGCAGGAUAUGUCCACGCAGACAAAAUCACCUUUUAUUUUUCCCAGUCAGUGGCCUUCCUGUGCUCAAAAGGAUCCCACCUUUGCAUGGCCAUGAGGGUUUUGGAAUCCAUUAAAAGUGCAUGAGUUCUACAAAAACCUAUCACAGAACCCCAAUGGUAAUUCUGCUCCCCACCAGAUUUAAACAAUAACUUUUCAUCUUUGUAUGUAUUUAUUACGUGAUGUAAUAAAGCUUAUUUUCAGAACAA